GAGGGAGUAAGGAUAGUGUUAUUUUAGAGAAUUUAUUUUUCAUUUCCCUUGCAAUUAUCUCAACCUAUCUAUUCUCCUAACUGUACAUGGCGGUUUCAAUGGCUACCGGACUAUUCUCUGCAUCCACUCUAACCCUCCGCCCACAACUUCAUCAGAAAUUUGCGCUUCCCACACCUCCGUCUUCUCUACGGAUGGCUCCGCUCCGAACAGUCACUCAUGCCACCGUCUCUCAACCACCCGCCGACGGAAAAAUUCGUCGUGGUAUAAUGAAACCAAAAAAAAUCUCCCCCGAGAUGCAAGACCUUAUCGGACUUCCAGAGGUUUCUCGAACCCAAGCACUCAAGCACAUUUGGGCCUACAUCAAGGAAAACAAUCUCCAGAACCCUGAAAACAAGAAGCUUAUUCGGUGUGAUGAGAAGCUGAAGAAGGUAUUUGCAGGGCGUGAUGAAGUUGGUAUGCUUGAGAUUGCUGGUUUGAUUAGUCCUCAUUUUCUUAAAUGAUGGCAAGGGUCUUCCUUAGUGUUAAGCUUUUACAUGAAUGGCAUGUACUGAUAUAUUUGGGAACACUGAGACCUGCAACAUAGUAGCCUUAGUUUUUAGUGUUGGUUAGUAUUUGGAUAAAAGGACAAGCUUAUGUUGAAGAUUUUGUUUUGAAUGAUGUAAUUUCUUCAGCACAAGCUCAUAGUAGUUGUGUUAGGUAUUUAUUGGAUAUGUUAUCUUGUUGCUAUCUAUGUUUUCCUUAUAAUUAUUAUUCCGUUCAUCGUGCUUAUGAGAAA